UUCGUUGUCUUUGUUUGACUCAUUCUAAGACUGUGAAAGUUACACCUUCAAUGUUGAAUUAUAUUGGAUCUGGAAAUGUGUAAAACUAGAUACCUUGCUCUUGAUAACCUAUAUGAAUGAAUAGCGAGUGGCUCCAGGCUAGGAUGGAUGUAUGCCAGCUGGUAGUCUCACUUUCCUGUAGUGUAUCUGAGUUUAGAAAACCCAUUCACUGAGCUGGUGUGUAUGACACACUGAAGGGCGUGUGUCAGCUAGCCAUCUAGGUGUUAGUUAUAGUUGCGUGUGUGUGGGCAUGCGUGGUCCUGAGCAUGUAUGUGUGCGUGGAAAUGUGUAGACAUUACAGGAGAUGUGUACUUUGGUGUGUGAGUGGGCGUUGCUGUGGAAGUCAGAGGCACAGAGCAUGUGCUCGGUCACACUUUAUUGGUGUAUUGCUCCAUUCAUUUGACUUUUCUUUUUCUGACUGUUAAUCCGUUUAUUGCAGACACUUUUCUCUGCUUCCUGGUUACUACUGGUAUAUUUACUGAGAACUUUGUUCCAUGCAAGUUUUUUUUUUCCAUAAGGAAUUAUGAGAGAAGGUAGGAGGAGCCCAGCUAAGUGUGCUUCACUCUUUUUCUCUCACACUCGCAGCACUCUCUCUCUUCCAUUCUGUCAUUGCCAUCCCAGCAGAAGGGAGCAACACUUUAUGCUGUGAGGGGACAGACUUUGAAAUUUGUUCGAAUACAUUUGAAUGGAUUAUUCUUUUCUUCACAAAACCUGAAGGAUCAACGAGAACUCAAGUGUGAUAAAGUAAGGGGACACAUUACACUGACUUUUCUCUCUCAUUGACAUCUAAUUGAUUUGAAGCACGUGCUUUGCCGGUGGAGCUACUUCCACACAGUGAGACGUGUGGCCUGUUGAGUCAUUAUUUCUACUAUUAGAUUUUGUAGAUAUAAAGAAAAUGGUUGCAGGAAUGCUUAUGCCCCUGCGGGACUUGAGGGCAAUCUAUGAGGUUCUCUUUCGAGAUGGCGUCAUGGUGGCCAAAAAGGACAAGAGACCUCAGACCCAGCACCCUGAAGUACAAGGGGUGUGCAACCUACAAGUAAUCCGUGCUAUGGGAUCACUUAAGUCAAGAGGCUUCGUGAAGGAAACGUUUGCCUGGAGACAUUUUUACUGGUACCUCACCAAUGAGGGUAUUGUUUACCUGCGUGACUACCUCCGCCUGCCCCUUGAGAUUGUCCCAGCCUCCUUGCAAAGGUUUAAGAAACCAGUUACCACUCUGGCCAUGGCCAAACGAGCAGGAAUGGUCCAGUCUGUUGAAGGUCCUACAUCUUACGUGCCUAAACCAGGGCGUAGGGGAGAAGCUGAAAGCCAAGAAGCAGUGGCAGAACGUCAGAGCUACCGCCACCGGGAGAUAGGUCCCAGAGAAAAAGAGAGCUACUCUGACAGAAAUCCCAGAUUCAGGGGCCGUCCACUCUCUGCAGAACAUGCUCGGCCUAAACAAAUGGAUGACCAGUCCCAUUCGUUGUUUACAAAAGGGAAAAGCAUUAAAAGUGAAUCAAUGUCACUGGGCAGCUCAUAUCAGCAGCUUGAUGUUCACAAUGAUAAAGGAUCAUCUCAGGAGAGAGAAAUAUCUGAUGUUGAAAAGGAGGAAAAAAGCAGUUUUCUCUCUGCUUCAAAAGCAUCUUGGAAAAAUGAUGUUUCAAAGCCCUUUUUGGCAGCUCCUAUUGCAGAGGCUACAGAUGCUACACCUCAAGGAAAUAAACAUGGGGAAGAUAGUCUUAAAGGAAGCCCAGACAAGUUGAAAACUGCGGAUGCAGAUGAUUGUAAAUUGAUUACUGAUACCAGCAGUUCAACUAGUUCAGCACCUCCAGUAACCGAGAUCAAGAAGGAACCUAACAAUGAGGCAGUGGCACUGGUUAAAGCAAAUGUACCAGCCACUAAUAAGAUAAAACCCAAGGCCUUUACCAGUCAGGCAUCUACCAAGGUAACUCACGAUCUUUUGCCAGACACUGUCACAGCCACUCAUGUCCAAACCAAAGCUUCCAAUGCUGAUCUCAAGGAAAAGGUGAAGGUGACUAUUAUUACAGACACCCAUGUCAUUACCAAAUCCCCCAACAAUGAUUCCAAUGAAAAUAUUGUCGAUGCUGAUGCAGAACUUGCAACGACUGAAACAGCAGCUCAUAAUGUAAAUCAUAAAACUGGUUCUUGGGAAGCGACUAAACUCCUAACCACCACUGAAAUUCCUGUUAUGAAACCAGCCAAUACAGACGUUGUGGGAGAGCAGGUUAUAGGUGGAAUUAUGAAGAAAAAAGCAGAACCAAAAAUUGUUAAUGAAAAGGCAAAAACAGCAUCAAAAAGAGCCAUCACUAAAGAGGAAGCCAAAUCUCAACCAGUGAUGUCUGCGGAUGCAGAAGAAAUUCCUACAAUUAAGGGAUCUCAGGAUCUCAUUGUCUCUAUGAGCCCAGUGACUCUACCAGGAAAAUCUAAAAAUGAAGAAAUAUGUGGCAACAUUGCACUGGAGUCUUCAGUCACCAAAGUUAUGACAACCACUGUCGCAUCAGUAAUGGGUGGUACUGAGAAGGCCAAAACAGAAAAAGACAAAGCCAAAACCAAAAAGAAGAAUGUAAAUGCAAGUCCUGAUGUCAAGAAAGAUGAAACAUUAGCACCGGAAGAAAGUUGUAAAACUCCUGUACAAGUGUCUUUAACAGUGGAAAAAGGCAUUUCUGCUGGAAUUAGUCCAAAUGCUGUGCCCUCUGAACUGGCUAUUGUGAACAAACAAGUGAUUGAAGGAAGCUCUAAAUCCAAACGGAAAAAAAAGAAAUCUCAAUCUGAGAAAGUCAAGAGUACCGAGGGGACACCUCAGACAAAAAUAGAAGACACCAAUAUAAAAGACAUGGCCCAUGAAAAAGUCAAUGUCCUUGAAACAAGCACAAUGACCAAGGAACUUUUUUCUGCACAGGCAAAUAAGGCUAGACCAAAAUUAAGUAAUGAUAGAGAACACGCAAUCGAUGCCUCUGUGACAACAGAAGAGAAAACUUCUAAACAAACAAUGGCGAUUUCUGAAGAGUCACCCUUGCCAUUUGGUCAGAACACUGCGGUGCCCCCAGUGGCUCAUCAAGAAGUUGCACAAACUAAAUGUGUUCUGCCUCAUGUGGACUCAGUGAAAUAUGGGGAAAUGACUGCCACGAAAUUGGAAACAGUGACAGAGCCAGUACAAGAAUUUGCCCAGCUUAACAAAAAACAUUUAAAAUCAUUGAAAUGCACAAAUGUUAAAAAACAUGUAGAGACUUCAGAGUCUUCCACUGCAGACAUAAAACUGGAAGCAGAAGCACUGCCAUCCACUGAAAUGACACCUCUUCCUCCGGGCACAGUUAAAGACAGCUCGGUUGUGACCUCUGAACUGCAAAAUCGUAAUGUUUCUCCAAAAAUGACUCUUGAAAGAAUGUGCAGUGAGGAAACCAGACAGGCAGCAGCUGUGCUCUCUCAGGCCCCAUCAGACAAAGGGGAGGUGGAGCCAGUUCUACUCUUUACAGAAAAAAUCAAGCAGGAGGUUCCAAAAGCAAAAACAUCCUCUGCUGUUAGGGAAGCACCCAAAGCCAGAGAAUUAGCGUCAGCAGAGCCAGUGGUAAAAGCAGAGGCAGCUGUAGCUCAGGCACAGGCCAACCCCCUUGUCAAGCAAAAAGAGCCUCCCAUAGUUGCACAACAUUCAGCCACUCCGGCAGCAGAGAGCGGCACAGCAAAUAAGCUCUCUGUGUCAGAGGCCUUGAAGCAGGAGGAAGAAACGAAGUGGGACUUGGAGGAGGACACACCCUCUGCCACUGCAACUCUCGCAAGUGCCAAACCUCACGUGGGGGACAGCGUUUUGUCCGCAAGCCCUGAAACAGACGAGGCCAACAUGAAGAGGAAAAUUGUUGUGGUUGAAGAGAUAGUUGAGGUGAAGCAGCUUGUUAGUCCUCAGGCAACUGGGGAGCAGUCAAGUCCACAACCUGUGCAGCCUGAAACAGAAGAAGAAGAGUUGGACUUGGAUGUUUUGGAAGAGAUUGCCAUAGAAAGAGCACUUUUGUCAGCGACGCCGGGUGUCAGGGUGCAAGGAGCCUCCCCUGAAGUAGACUGGGACCACUCACUAGAGGAGCCGGAGGAUAAGACAUUCCCCAACUUCAUUGAAGAUGAACGAGACAGAGUACAGAAAAAGACCUUCACAAAAUGGGUGAACAAACACUUGAUUAAGCCCUGGAGAGCAGAGGCCCAGCGUCAUGUGUCAGAUUUGUAUGAAGAUCUUCGAGAUGGACAUAACCUGAUCUCGUUGCUGGAGGUCCUCUCUGGAGAAACACUGCUGAGGGAGAGAAACUUUCUCAGAAGAUCAUUUCAAUUGCCCAGAGAGAAAGGCCGCAUGAGAUUCCACAAACUGCAGAAUGUACAAAUAGCGCUGGAUUUCCUCAAGCACCGGCAGGUCAAGCUUGUUAACAUCAGAAAUGAUGACAUUGCAGAUGGAAACCCCAAGCUGACCCUUGGGUUAAUAUGGACAAUCAUCUUACACUUCCAGGUCUCCUCCGCUAUCUCAGAUAUUCAGGUCAACGGCCAGUCUGAAGAUAUGACGGCCAAGGAGAAGCUCCUCCUCUGGUCUCAGAGGAUGACGGAUGGCUACCAAGGCCUCCGAUGUGACAACUUUAGCACCAGCUGGAGGGAUGGAAAACUUUUCAACGCUGUCAUACAUAAACACUAUCCCAGGCUAAUUGACAUGGGCAAAGUGUAUCACCAGACCAACCUGCAGAACCUAGAGCAGGCCUUCAACGUGGCUGAGAAAGACCUUGGUGUGACUCGUCUUUUGGACCCUGAAGAUGUUGAUGUUCCACAUCCCGAUGAGAAAUCCAUCAUCACUUAUGUGUCAUCCUUGUAUGAUGUCAUGCCUCGGGCUGCUGUACAGGAAAGCGUGAGAUCUAAUGAGUUGGAGUUGCGCUGGCGGGAGUACUAUGAGCUGGUAACUCUUUUGCUCCAGUGGAUCCGCCACCAUGUCAUGGUCUUUGAGGAGAGGAAGUUCCCAGCCAGUUAUGAAGAGAUAGAGAUUCUUUGGCGUCAAUUCAUGAAGUUUAAGGAGACAGAACUGCCACCCAAAGAAUCAGAUAAGAACCGCUCUAAACACAUCUACCAAAGCUUUGAGAGUGCAGUGCAUGCUGGUCAGGUGAAAGUCCCUCCUGGCUACCACCCUAUUGAUGUGGAGAAGGAAUGGGGUCGACUCCAUGUUUCCAUUUUGGAGAGAGAGCGACUGCUGAGAACCGAGUUUGAGAGACUUGAGAGACUUCAGAGGAUUUUAAACAAAGUCCAGAUGGAGUCCGGAAGAUAUGAUGAGCACCUAAACCACCUUGAGACCUUACUGCAGACGGACAUCCGCCUCCUCAAUGCUGGAAAACCAGCCCAGCACACAGCAGAAAUUGAGCGCGAGCUAGACAGGGCCGACAAUGUUGUUCGUCUACUCUUCAAUGAUGUACAGACACUUAAAGAUGGACGCCACCCUCAGGCUGAACAAAUGUAUCGCAGAGUAUACAGCCUACAUGAGCGCCUAGUUAACUUGCGCAGCGAUUACAACCUUCGCCUGAAGUCUUCCCAGAUUGCCUUGACCCAGAUAUCGCAGAAGACUACCAUGAAGGCACGGCCAGAGUUGGAUGACGUGACCUUGCGCUAUGUUCAAGAUCUUCUUGCCUGGGUGGAGGAGAAUCAACGGCGUAUUGACGGAGCUGAGUGGGGUUCAGAUCUCCCUUCAGUGGAGUCGCAACUGGGCAGCCACAGAGGCUUGCACCAGACCGUGGAAGACUUCAAAUCAAAGAUUGACCGUGCCAAAGCUGAUGAGAAUCAGCUAUCCCCUGCUAGCAAAGGAACAUACAGAGAGUACCUGGGUAAACUGGACCUUCAAUAUGGCAAACUGCUGAACUCCUCAAAGUCCCGCUUACGAAACUUGGAUUCACUGCAUGCAUUUGUGAGCGCAGCGACCAAGGAGCUUGUGUGGCUAAAUGACAAAGAGGAGGAGGAAGUCAAUUUUGACUGGAGUGACAGAAACACCAACAUGGUAGCAAAGAAAGACAACUACUCGGGUCUUAUGCGAGAGUUGGAGCACAGGGAGAAAAAAGUCAAUGACAUCCAAACCACAGGAGAUAAAUUGGUCAAUGAUGGCCAUCCUGGCAAGAAAACAGUGGAGGCCUUCACAGGUGCCCUGCAGACCCAGUGGAGCUGGAUCCUUCAGCUGUGUUGUUGUAUUGAGGCUCAUCUUAAAGAGAACACAGCUUACUACCAGUUCUUCGCCGAUGUUAAAGAGGCUCAGGACAAGAUGAAAAAAAUGCAGGAGACUAUGAACAAGAAAUACAAUUGUGAUCGCUCCACCACAGCCACACGCCUGGAGGAUCUCCUACAGGAUACUGUGGAAGAGCGAGAACAGUUGAAUGAAUUCAAGACACACGUCAAUGGCCUUAACAAAAGGGCUCGCUCGAUCAUUCAACUGAAACCACGUAACCCGACCACCUCCAUCAAAGGCAAACUUCCUAUUCAGGCUGUCUGUGACUUCAAACAGCAAGAGAUUACUGUUCAUAAAGGAGAAGAGUGCGCACUUCUCAACAACUCACAGCCUUUCAAAUGGAAGGUCCUGAGUCGCUCUGGAAAUGAGGCAAGUGUGCCUUCGGUGUGCUUCCUGGUUCCUCCAGUUAACAAGGAUGCCAUGGACAGUGUGUCCAGUCUGGAUACAGGUCAUCAGCAGAUGGUUUCCAUGUGGCAGACGUUGUAUAUCAACAUGAAGAGUCUUCUAUCAUGGCAGUACCUGAUGAGGGACUUUACACAAAUACGUUCCUGGAACAUCGCCACGUUAAAGUCAAUGAAACCAGAAGAAUAUAGACAAGUGAUGAGGAAUCUUGAGAUCCACUACCAGGACUUUAUGCGCGACAGCCAGGACUCUAAUCAGUUUGGCCCUGAUGACCGUCUACGCAUAGAGGGAGACUAUAACAAAUCCACCCAGAACUUUGACAGCUUGCUUCGCGCUAUGGAAAAAGGUCAACAAAAUGAAUCUCUGUGUAAGAACUACAUCGCAGAUCUUAAGGACCUGCGACUGCGAAUUGAGGACUGUGAGGCUCAGACUGUGGCUCGCAUACGCAAACCAAUGGAAAAGGAACCUCUUAAAGAAUGUGUUCAGAAGACCGUAAACCAGCAAAAAGUGCAGACAGAGCUUGAGGGCCUCAAGAGGGACCUCGAUAAGGUGUCUGUGAGGGCACAAGAAAUCUUGAAGUCCCCACAGGAGUCUACUUCGACCCCUGUGCUGCGUUCUGAGCUAGACCUCACCGUGCAGAAGAUGGACCACGCCCACAUGCUCUCCUCUAUUUAUAUUGAGAAGCUCAAGAAUGUGGAAAUGGUCAUUCGUAACAGUCAGGGUGCCGAGGGUGUACUCAAGCAGUAUGAGGACUAUCUUCGUGAAGUCCACACUGUGCCUAGUGACGUCCAGGCUGUUGAGACAUACCGUACAAAGCUUAAGAAAAUGCGAGCUGAGGCUGAGGCUGAACAGCCAGUGUUUGAUUCCCUCGAAGAAGAACUGAAAAAAGCCUCCGUUGUGAGUGACAGGAUGAGUCGCGUGCACAGUGAGCGCGAUGCUGAGCUGGACCACUACCGUCAGCUCCAGUCUAGCAUUCAAGACCGGUGGAAGGCUGUGUUCACUCAGAUUGACCUUCGCCAGAGAGAGCUGGAGCAGCUAGGCCGGCAGUUGGGUUACUACCGGGACAGUUAUGAUUGGCUGAUCACUUGGAUAGCAGAGGCAAAGCAAAGGCAAGAAAGGAUCCAGACCGUACCUGUCACAGACAGUAAAACUCUGAAAGAGCAACUGGCAUUGGAAAAGAAAUUACUGGAGGAAAUUGAGAAGAACAAAGGAAAAGUCGAUGAAUGUCAGAAAUAUGCUAAAGCAUACAUUGACACAAUUAAGGACUAUGAACUCCAGUUGAUUGCCUAUAAAGCUCAAGUGGAGCCUCUUGCUUCUUCUCCUUUAAAGAAAACCAAACUGGAUUCUGCAUCUGAUAACAUUAUUCAGGAGUAUGUAACACUGAGAACCCGAUACAGUGAACUAAUGACUCUGACCAGUCAGUACAUCAAGUUCAUUACUGAUGCGCAACAACGCCUGGAGAACGAGGAGAAAGCUGCAAAGAAACUCAAAGCAGAAGAACAGAAAAAAAUGGCAGAGAUGCAGGCUGAAUUAGACAAACAGAAGCAGUUAGCAGAAGCGCAUGAAAAGGCCAUUGCCAAGGCAGAAAAAGAGGCACAAGAAUUGAAACUCAAAAUGCAGGAAGAAGUUAGCAGGAGAGAAAUUGCUGCUGUAGAUGCAGAAAAGCAAAAGCAUAAUGUCCAGCUGGAGCUCCAUGAGCUAAAAAACCUUUCAGAACAGCAGAUCAAAGACAAAGCCCAACAAGUGGAUGAUGCUCUACAAAGCAGAACAAAGAUUGAAGAGGAAAUACGCCUAAUAAGAAUCCAACUUGAGACAACAGUAAAGCAAAAAACUACAGCUGAGUCUGAGCUAAAGCAACUUCGUGAAAGAGCAACUGAAGCUGAGAAACUUAGGAAGGCUGCCCAAGAAGAAGCAGAAAAGCUCCGCAAACAAGUCCAUGAAGAGACUCAGAAAAAACUUAUUGCAGAGGAGGAACUCAAAUUUAAAUUUGAGGCAGAAAAGGAAGCAGCCAGGCAAAAGCAAAGAGCACUGGAUGACCUUGAAAUGCUAAAAAGGCAGGCAGAGGAAGCAGAAAGGCAAGUAAAGCAAGCAGAAAUCGAAAAGGAAAAACAAAUCAAGGUGGCUCAUGAGGCAGCACAAAAGAGUGCUGCCAUUGAGCUCCAGAGCAAACACUUGUCUUUUGUAGAAAAAACCUCAAAACUGGAAGAAUCUCUCAAACAAGAACAUGGUACUGUCCUUCAACUGCAACAAGAAGCCUCACGGCUCAAGAAACAGCACACAGAUGCAGAAUUGGCUAGAGAAGAGGCUGAAAAAGAACUUGAGAAAUGGAGGCAAAAAGCCAACGAGGCCCUCCGUCUCAGGCUCCAGGCUGAGGAAGAAGCUCACAAAAAGAAUCUUGCACAGGAAGAGGCAGAGAAGCAAAAGGAUGAAGCAGAGCGUGAGGCUAAGAAAAGAGCCAAAGCUGAAGAAUCAGCGCUUAAGCAGAGAGAUAUGGCUGAGAAAGAGCUUGAAAGGCAGAGGAAGAUGGCUGAGACAACUGCACAGCAGAAGCUCACUGCAGAACAGGAGCUGAUUCGUCUCAGAGCAGACUUUGACAAUGCAGAACAACAACGAUCUCUGCUAGAAGAUGAGCUUUAUCGUCUGAAGAAUGAGGUUGUUGCAGCUCAGCAACAAAGGAAACAACUCGAAGAUGAACUAGCCAAAGUGAGGAGUGAAAUGGAUGUACUUAUCCAGCUAAAGUCCAAGGCAGAAAAGGAGACAAUGUCAAACACAGAGAAGAGCAAACAGCUUCUUGAAGUAGAAGCCGCCAAAAUGAAGGACCUGGCUGAAGAGGCAGGUAAGCUAAGAGCCAUUGCGGAAGAGGCCAAGCACCAAAGGCAAGUUGCUGAAGAAGAGGCAGCUCGUCAGAGAGCUGAGGCUGAGAGGAUUCUUAAAGAGAAGCUGGCCGCUAUCAGUGAUGCAACCCGUUUAAAAACGGAGGCUGAAAUUGCUCUGAAAGAAAAAGAAGCAGAAAAUGAGAAACUACGUAGACAAGCUGAAGAUGAGGCUUACCAGAGGAAAGCACUUGAAGACCAAGCCAAUCAACACAAACAAGCAAUUGAGGAAAAAAUCAUCCAACUGAAAAAAUCAUCUGAAGCUGAAAUGGAUAGGCAAAAGGCUAUUGUGGAUGACACACUCAAACAAAGGCGAGCUGUCGAAGAAGAGAUCAGAAUCCUCAAGCUGAACUUUGAGAAAGCGUCAUCUGGUAAACUAGAUCUGGAACUUGAGCUUAACAAGUUGAAAAAUAUUGCUGAAGAAACUCUACAAAGCAGGCUGGAAGCAGAGGAGGAAGCCGAAAAAUUAAGAAAGCUGGCCCUAGAGGAGGAGAGAAAGAGGAGAGAAGCGGAAGAUAAAGUUAAGAAGAUCACUGCUGCGGAGGAAGAGGCAGCUAGACAACGCAAAGCAGCCCAGGAAGAACUUGAGCGACUGAAAAAAAAGGCAGAAGAAGCCAGGAAGCAGAAGGAAGAGGCUGAUGAAAAAGCAGAAAAACAGGUCGUUGCAGCUCAACAAGCAGCCCUGAAAUGCAGUGCAGCUGAACAGCAAGCACAAAGUGUACUUGCUCAACAGAAGGAAGAUAGCAUCAUGCAGAAAAAGCUCAAGGAAGAAUAUGAGAAAGCCAAAAUACUUGCCAAACAAGCUGAAGCUGCAAAGGAGAACGCCGAAAGGGAAGCAGUGCUUCUUCGUCAGCAAGCUGAGGAAGCAGAACGACAGAAAUUGGCUGCUGAACUAGAAGCCGCAAAUCAAGCCAAAGCCCAGGAGGAUGCUGAGAGGCUUAGAAAGGAAGCUGAAUUUGAGGCUGCUAAACUUGCCCAAGCUGAAGCUGCAGCCUUGAAGCAGAAGCAACAAGCGGAUGCUGAAAUGGCAAAGCACAAAAAACUGGCAGAGCAAACACUGAAGCAGAAGUUCCUAGUAGAACAAGAGCUCACAAAGGUUAAACUUCAACUUAAUGAGACUGAUAAUCAAAAGUCUGUCCUUGAUACAGAGCUGCAGAGAUUAAAAGAUGAGGUUGACGAUGCUGUUAGACAAAGGGCCCAGGUUGAAGAUGAACUUUUAAAAGUAAAAGUUCAGAUGGAAGAGCUACUCAAGCUUAAAAUGAAAAUUGAGGCGGAGAAUCAGCGCCUUAUCAAGAAAGACAAAGAUAACACUCAAAAAUUCCUUGCAGAUGAAGCUGAAAACAUGAAAAAGCUUGCUGAGGAUGCUGCAAGACUCAGUGUAGAAGCUCAAGAGGCCGCUCGCUUGAGACAGAUUGCUGAAGAAGACCUCAAUCAGCAACGAGCUCUUGCAGACAAAAUGCUCAAGGAGAAGAUGCAGGCCAUUCAGGAAGCAUCGAAAUUCAGAGCUGAGGCAGAGAUGCUCCAGAGGCAGAAAGACUUAGCCCAAGAGCAAGCACAAAAGCUGCUUCAGGACAAUCAACUCAUGCAACAGCGUCUAGAAGAAGAAACUGAAGAAUACCAGAAGUCACUUGAAGCGGAAAGAAAAAGGCAAUUGGAAAUCAUAGCAGAGGCAGAAAGACUUAAACUCCAAGUUUCUCAGCUCAGUGAAGCCCAGGCUAAAGCAGAAGAAGAGGCAAAGAAAUUUAAGAUACAGGCAGAUACAAUUGCGUCCCGUCUUCAUCAAACUGAAAUUGCCACCAAAGAGAAAAUGACUGUUGUUGAAAAAUUGGAAGUUGAGAAACUAAAUACCAGCAAAGAAACCGGUGAUUUGCGCAAAGCUAUUGCAGAGCUCGAGAACGAGAGGGCUAGACUGAAAAAAGAGGCGGAAGAACUUCAAAAUAUGUCCAAAGAGAUGGCUGAUGCACAACAGAAACAAAUUGAGCAUGAGAAGACAAUGCUUCAGCAAACAUUUCUUACUGAAAAAGAAAUGCUGUUGAAGAAAGAGAAGCUCAUCGAAGAUGAGAAAAAGAGACUGGAGAACCAAUUUGAAGAGGAAGUCAAAAAGGCACAAGCUCUGAAAGAUGAACAAGAACGCCAAAGACAACAGAUGGAGGAAGAAAAGAAAAAGUUGCAGGCUACCAUGGAUGCAGCUCUCAAUAAACAGAAAGAGGCAGAAAAGGAGAUGUUAAACAGGCAAAAAGAAAUGCAGGAACUGGAAAAGAAGAGACUAGAGCAGGAAAGAAUUCUGGAAGAAGAGAACCAGAAACUGCGGGAGAAACUGCAACAGAUGGAAACGGCAAACAAAGACACAGUUCAGCCUGUUAAAGUUCUAGGCACUAUGGUUGACAAUGUACUUAAUGGACAAAAUGCCAAUGACACAGUAGACAGUUUGGGGAAGAAAGUAGAUCCCCUAGCUUUUGAUGGUAUUCGUGAAAAAGUCCCUGCGAGCCGACUUCAUGAGUUAGGUCUUUUACCAAAGAAAGAUUUUGAUAAGCUUAAAAAUGGUAAAAUCACAGUUCAAGAGCUCGGUGAGACUGAAAAUCUCAAAACCAUUCUCAAAGGAAAGAACAGCAUUGCUGGGAUUUUGACACCAUUAAAUAAAAGGGCAACAAUCUACCAAGCAUCUCAAGAGAAGAAGAUUACUCCAGGCACAGCCAUGAUACUUCUUGAAGCCCAGGCAGCAACUGGUUAUAUGUUAGAUCCCAUUAAAAAUAAAAAGCUGUCUGUUAAUGAGGCUGUUAAGGAAGGCUUGAUUGGCCCAGAGCUACAUAAUAAAAUGCUUUUAGCUGAGAGGGCUGUUAUUGGUUACAAAGAUCCAUAUACAGGUGACAAAAUAUCCGUCUUUGAAUCUAUGAAGAAGGGUUUAAUAGAGCAUGAUCAUGCCAUUAGAAUCAUUGAAGCUCAAAUUGCAACAGGGGGCAUUAUUGACCCUCUCAAUAGUCAUCGUGUACCCAAUGAAGUGGCAUAUAAACAGGGACUAUAUGAUAAAGAAAUGAACAAGACUAUGGAAAGCCCCUCAGAUGAUACAAAGGGUUACUUUGAUCCUAGCACCCAAGAACCAUUGACAUACUCUGAAUUAAUGUUGAGAUGUUCUACAGACCCUGAAACUGGCUUGCUUCUUCUGCCAAUCUCAGAAAAAGCUGCACAAUGCUCAAGUAUAUACACAGAGGAAGAAACCAAGGAUGUGUUCAGCAAAACAACUGUGUCCGUUCCAUUUGGAAGAUUCAAGGGAAAGCCUGUCACCAUAUGGGAAAUAAUAAAUUCUGAGUACUUCACUGAAGACCAAAAGAAAGACCUUCUCCGUCAGUAUAAGACAGGCAAGAUCACAAUAGAAAAAAUCAUUAGAAUUGUGAUCACUGUGGCAGAAGAGAAGGAAAAGAAGAGUGAAAUUAACUUCAGUGGUCUUAGAGCACCGGUUCCUGCCUCUGAGCUCCUUGAAUCAAAGAUUAUUGAUAAAGAUCUGUACAACAAAUUACAAAAGGGUAAUACAACUGUCAAAGAGGUAUCUGAAAUUGACACUGUCCACAAAGCUCUUAAGGGCACAAAUUGCAUAGCAGGUAUAGUUACUGAGUCAUCAAAGGAGAAAAUGUCCUUCUAUAAGGCAAUGAAGAAGGACAUAUUAAGUGCUGGACUUGCCUUAAAUAUGCUUGAAGCACAAGCAGGAACAGGCUACGUGGUUGACCCGCUUGAAAAUCAGAAGUAUACUGUUGAUGAAGCUGUAAAAGCAGGUGUUGUUGGUCCUGAACUGCAUGAAAAGCUCCUAAGUGCAGAGAGAGCAGUUACGGGUUACAAAGACCCAUAUACCGGAAAGACAGUAUCUCUGUUCCAAGCAAUGAAAAAAGAUCUUAUUCCUAAAGAGCAAGGGAUCAGACUGCUGGAUGCACAAAUGACCACUGGUGGCAUCAUUGAUCCAGUCAAGAGCCACCGUGUUCCCCAUGAUGUUGCCUGCAAACGAAAUUACUUUGAUGAUGAAAUGAAGCAGAUGUUAAGCCGAGCAGCUGAUGAAAUGAGAUGUUUCUAUGACCCCAACACAAAAGAAAAGGCUACAUACGCACAGCUUUUCCAGAGAUGUUUAACUGACGAGAAAACAGGUCUUCAGCUUUUGUUUCUUACAGAUGAAGCUAUCAAUGCAAAGGAAGAGCCAACACUUACUGAAGCCCAGACAGAAGAAGCUAUGACUCAGGCAACUGUCGAAGUUGACUCUGGACCAUUCAAGGGCAGGAAAAUGACAAUUUGGGAAAUGAUCAACUCUGACUAUAUAACUGAGGCACAAAGACUUGAUUUGCUCAGACAAUUUAGAUCUGGAAAGAUAUCAAUUGAAAAACUUCUUAAAAUUAUAAUCACGUUUGUAGAGGAAGAGGACGCAAAGAAGCAGGAGCAGUUAAAUUUUAAUGGACUCAGAGCACCUGUUCCAGCAGGAUGUCUUUAUGAGUCCAAAAUAAUUAACAAACAUACAUUUGAUCUCCUACAACAAGGCAAAACUACACCUAAAAAGGUCAGUGAGAAUCCCAAUGUGAAGAAAUACCUCCACGGCUCAGACAGUGUUUCAGGCAUCUUUUUAGAGCCGAAUAAAGAAAAAUUAAGCAUUUAUCAGGCUAUGAAGAAAAACCUCAUCAGACAGGACACGGGUCUUUCUCUUUUAGAGGCUCAGGCUGCCACUGGGUUCAUUGUCGAUCCUGUGAAAAAACAGUUUUUGUCAGUAGAUGAAGCUGUAAAAUCAGGCCUUGUUGGCCCAGAGCUACAUGAAAAACUGCUCUCUGCAGAAAAAGCUGUCACAGGUUACAAAGAUCCAUUCACAGGAAAGAAAAUCGGCCUAUUUGAAGCGAUGCAAAAAGAUCUAAUUUUGAAAGAUCAAGCUAUGCCAUUCCUAGAGGCACAGAUGGUCACUGGAGGAAUAAUCGAUCCUGUAACUAGUCUUCGUGUCCCAAUGGAUGUUGCAUUUGAAAAGAACAUUUUCAGUCAGGAAAUGGCAAACACUCUCUCUCAGCCAUCUGAUGAUAAUAAGGUUUUCACAGACCCAGAAACCGAUGAAAAUGUAACUUAUAGUCAGCUUAAAGAAAAGUGCAGAAGAGAUCCAGAUACAGGCAUGUGCAUCCUCCCACUCUCUAAGCCUCAGUCCCCUACAGUUGUGGAAAAGACAUACCUCUUCACAGAGGAGCAAACACAAAGUGAUCUUAGCAAUACCCAAAUUGACAUUCCAAUCGAGGGUCUUACAGAAAAACCCACAAAUCUCUGGGAUAUUGUGAACUCAAAUUUGAUUCCAGAACAGCAGAGGCAGAAGCUGAUGGAUGAAUAUCGUUCUGGAAACAUGACUAAAGAACGAAUGAUCAUAAUUAUUAUAGAAAUCAUGGAGCAAAGAGAGAUCAUUCGAAAUGCAAAUCCUCUUGCAUGUAAGACAAUGAGGAGGCAGGUUACAAUUGAGGAAUUAUACAAUGCCCAUAUCAUUGAUUUGGAGACCUACAACCUUCUUAAACAGGGGAAAAGAGAAAUCCGUGACAUAAUGGAGAUGAGUAGUGUGAAACAGUAUUUAUAUGGCACUGGCUGUGUUGCUGGGGUCCAGACUGACUCAAGCGCAAAGAUCAGUAUUUAUCAAGCAAUGAACAGGGGAUUUCUUAAACCUGAAAUUGCUCUUAGCCUCUUAGAAGCACAAGCAGCAACAGGAUACAUUAUUGAUCCUGUAAAAAAUGAAACACUCACUGUUGAUGAAGCUGUUCGUAAGGGUGUUGUUGGUCCUGAGAUCCAUGAUAAACUACUUUCUGCUGAGAGGGCAGUUACAGGAUACAAAGACCCAUACAGCGGAAAGGUCAUAUCUCUUUUCCAGGCCAUGAAAAAAGAUCUUGUUAAGGAGGAUUAUGCUUUGAAAAUGUUAGAGGCACAAUCUGCCACUGGAGGAAUCAUUGAUCCUGAAUUCCAGUUCCACCUGCCUGCAGAUAUUGCAAUGCAAAGAGGUUAUAUCAACAAGGAUACCAAUGAGAAACUAGCAGAUGGCGUGAAAGGAUUCAUAGAUCCCGUUACUGACGAAAAACUGUCAUAUGCACAGCUUCUUAAGAGAUGCAAGCUCGAAGGUGGAUUGAGACUUCUAUCUCUGGGAGACAAGAGGCUGAUGUUCAAGGGUCUUAGAAAACAAAUCACAAUGGAAGAACUUCUCCUUUCACAAAUUAUUGACCAGCAAACUGUGACUGAAUUGAAUGAAGGUCUUAUUUCAGUGGAGGAGGUCAGUAGUAGGUUAUCAAAGUACCUUGAGGGCACAAGCUGCAUUGCAGGUGUAUUUAUUGAGAAUACAAAGGAACGUCUAUCAAUUUACCAAGCCAUGAAAAAGAACAUGAUCAGGCCUGGCACAGCCUUCGAACUUCUUGAGGCCCAAGCAGCCACAGGAUAUGUUAUUGACCCAAUUAAAAACCUUAAGCUGACUGUCAAUGAAGCCGUGAAAAUGGGAAUUGUUGGACCUGAGUUCAAAGACAAGCUUCUCUCUGCUGAGCGUGCAGUGACAGGAUAUAGAGAUCCAUAUUCAGGCAAGACAAUAUCACUCUUCCAGGCCAUGAAAAAAGGACUUAUCCUGAAAGAUCAUGGUAUCCGUCUGUUGGAGGCUCAGAUAGCCACAGGUGGAAUAAUUGACCCAGAGGAAAGUCAUCGUUUGCCAGUUGAGAUGGCCUACGAACGUGGCUUCUUUGAUGAGGAAAUGAACGAAAUUCUGACAGACCCAUCUGAUGACACCAAAGGCUUCUUUGAUCCCAACACUGAAGAGAACCUAACCUACCUGCAACUCAUGGAGAGGUGCAUUACUGAUCCAGACACUGGCCUGGUUCUCCUUCUGCUCAAAGAAAAGAAACGGGAGCGAAAGACCUCAUCUAAAUCCUCAGUUCGCAAACGACGAGUUGUUAUCGUUGACCCAGAGACAGGCAAAGAAAUGACAGUAUAUGAGGCAUACAGGAAGGGACUCAUUGACCAUCAGACCUACUUAGAGCUUGCUCAACAAGAGUGUGAAUGGGAAGAAAUUACAAUGACUUCCUCCGAUGGUACAGUCAAAUCCAUUAUUAUUGAUAGGAAGUCAGGGAGACAGUACGAUGUUGAUGAUGCCCUUGCACGUGGCCUUAUUGACCAAAAUGCCCUUGAGACAUAUCGAGCUGGAAACUUGUCCAUCACAGAGUUUGCUGACAUGCUUUCUGGAAACAUGGGAGGCUUCCGGUCUCGCUCUUCUUCAUUUGGAUCCACCACUGCUUCUGAUUUCUCCUCUCCUAUGAGCCCAAUACCAUCCAUAAAACCACCUGCAGUCAUAUGGAAUGAUCCAUCAGAGGUAACUGGCCCCAUAGCCGGAAUUCUGGACAUAGACACAUUGGAGAAGGUGUCAAUCACUGAGGCAAUUCGCCGAAACUUGGUAGACAAUAUUACUGGCCAAAGAUUGUUAGAGGCCCAAGCCUGUACUGGAGGAAUAAUUGACCCUUCAAGUGGGGAGAGAUUUUCAGUUGCUGCUGCUGCAGAAAAAGGUCUUGUCGACAAAAUUAUGGUUGAUCGUCUUAAUCUGGCUCAAAAAGCUUUCAAUGGGUUUGAAGAUCCCAGAACUAAAGAAAGAAUGUCUGCCUCUCAAGCUCUGAAAAAGGGCUGGUUGUAUUAUGAAGCUGGGCAGCGAUUCCUAGAGGUACAAUAUCUGACAGGCGGACUUGUUGAACCUGAUGUCGAGGGCAGAGUAUCACUGGAUGAAUCAAUCAAGAAGGGUACAAUCGAUGCCCGCACUGCCCAGAAACUAAGAGAUGUCAGUUCUUACUCGAGAUACCUAACAUGUCCGAAAACAAAACUGAAAAUCUCUUUCAGAGAUGCUAUGGACAGAAGUAUGGUAGAGGAAGGAUCUAGUCUUAGGCUUCUUGAGGCCUCAUCACAAUCCAGCAAAGGUCUUUAUAGUCCCUACAAUGUCAGUGGCUCUGGUUCUGCUUAUGGUUCACGAUCAAGUUCAAGGACUGGUUCCCGAUCAGGAUCCAGGAGAGGCAGUAUUGAUGCAGGGUUUAAUGUCACCUACUCAUCCUUCACAUCUUCCUCCACUGGCUAUAGCCGUAAAUUUUAAUUGGCCAUACCUGUAUCUAACAGCUCUUCUCUUUGACAUAUUCAACAUAAAAUCCAUCAGAAACAAUAUAUGAUCCAUUCAUUUAUUUCAAACAAAAGUAAAAUUUUUAGUAACAGAAAUUCUUAUUUAUUUUUUCUGAUAAGUGGUCAAAUCAAGCCUUACCUUGACUUUUUUUUAUUUUCUUACUUGACAACCAUCUAUCAAUAGGGUGUUCCUGUUGGGAAAACAAAGCAUUAGGACAAACAGAAAGAAAAUAAUAAAACAUGCUUUUGUUUUUAAUAGUAUGAAUUAACAACUUAACAUAGACAAUAUUUAGCAUGACAUUUUUUCCUUUACCAAGUGGCUUCAGAUUUUUUUAAUGGCUAAAAAGUUGAAAUGUAUUGUUGUCUUUUCUGAACUAAUGUACUGUAUGCUGUUUGUUUGUUUGUCGAACUAAAUAUGUUUCCAGUAUUCCUUGUUUAUUUUUGAAUUCAUCACAAAGUGUUUAUUUUGUAUCUUUUUUGACACUACUAAAUGAGAUGCAUAGUUGAGUUAUUUUGACAAAUAUAGAUAUGAAUCUAAUGCAUACAGAGGUUCUAAUGUUUGUAUAGAGUAUAAACAGAUUUUGUUUCAUCAAUUCUAUAAUUGAAUGUGUAAUUGCAGUAAUGAAUAUACUAAAAUGAGACAACACCGAAAUCCAACACUGGCACAAAAUGUCAGAAUUAAAGUUAUGCAAACAAAAAUACUUUCAUAUGAGUCUUUGUGAUGCUUUGUACUUUAUGUAAAACUGACUUGCUUGCAUGCUCUUUGUUCACUAUACAUACAUGUUGCACAUUUUGCAUUCCUCAUAAUUUUCU